AUGGCUGAAACUACUUCUACUUUCAAAUCUAUCAAUUCAUAUAACAUGCCGUCAACAAAUUCUGAAGUAAAUGAUUCAUUAUCAUUAGCAUCAGCGUCACCACGUUCAUUAUCACCUUUUAAUGGAUGGACAAUUAAAUAUCAAACAUUGCCGAAAAAAACUGAUUCGAAAGGUGUUUGGGAUGGAUAUCAAACAAAAGAAGAAUUUAUAAUGAUGCAUAUUCGUUAA